CCUACAAACCUGGGUAAUCCCACAGUCACCAGGAAGUUGUUGAAAUACCAAACGGAAAGAAACUUCGCCUAUUUAUUGCUAACGUUAGCUUUUAAAGAGUCAAAAGGGCAAACUGAAAAUUAGAACGUUCGCUGCACUUCCUUUCAGCGCAUAGAAUCUGCGUUUUGGUUUACCGUUUCCUUCAAUUGGACUACUCACAGGUGACACUAGAAGGGCAAUUGUUUGUGGGAUCCAUGACCACUAUUGAAGGGGUUGGAGAUGAGGUGGUGUAUGUAGCUAUAUUUAUAUCAACCUUUGCUUUUCUAUACAGAACUUAUCUUUGGAAUUUUUUUCUGAAUCUUGGCAGACAGGUGGUAAAUGUGAUCCGAACAUGUUUUCAAUGUGUCUGGAAUGGCAUAGGCUUACAACAUUUGUAUCCUAGAAUAGAGUCAUCUCAGGCAACUUCAGCAGGACAUGAGGGGUUUCUCAGGAGAAUGGAUUCACCCCCAGAAAAUGACUGUUGUUCAGUCUGUCAUGAUAGUUUUGUCUUGCCCUGUCAAGCAAAUUGUGCUCAUUGGUUUUGUGGGGAGUGUAUACUUCGUGUGUGGCAUCACAGCUCAGCAAUUCAACCCUGUAAAUGCCCAAUUUGUCGGAGGCCAAUCAACCUCUUGAUACCAUGUGAGUCUGCAACUCGACGGCGCAGUGAGCCAGAGGUGGAUAAUAUCCUUAACAAAAUUGAGAGAUAUAAUCGUAUAUUUGGUGGAGGCUCAGUUGGGUUUUUCCAGAGGCUUCGGGAUAUGCCACUUCUACUUCGCAGGUUGUCAAGGGAGCUGAUGGAUCCUCAGAGGGCUCUUCCUCUUGUAUUUAGGGCCCGUGUUAUGUUAUCUUUUGCAUUAGUAGCGGUCUAUAUAUUUAGUCCUGUGGAUAUUCUUCCAGAAGGGAUCCUGGGCAUUGUAGGUCUACUAGAUGAUCUCUUGAUAGUACUCAUUGUCUUUUUCCACGUGGCUACAUUGUAUCGUUCGACACUUUUCUAUCGACAUGGUGGCCGGGGACAGUAAUAAUGAAGUUUGAGGACCAUUCCGGUGGUUGAAGAAAAAUUAUUUGGUGGCCGGUGACAGUAAUAAUGAAGUUUGAGGACCAUUCCGGUGGUUCAAGAAAAAUUAUUUGGCAAUUUGCUGUCCAUAUCAAGUUUUGUUCUAUAUGAUGUAUAUCCCGUGUCUUAUUUUCUCACAUUAUUCUAUUUUGGAUUUGCAUACCAAUUUUUUUACUUGGAAAUCGCUACAUGUCUUUACAGAAGGCAAAGAAAUGUAUAAAUGCAUCUAUUAAAUGCAUCUAUCACCUAGAAAUCUAGUUUCUAGCAUACUGCCAUUGGGGAUUAAUAGAAUAUUUUCUAUACUUCCAUACUCAAUAGAUUUGCGAUCUCAUUUUGAUAAGCAAAUUCUUAUGAAAUUAUUGAUUUAGCCCUAUGACAGGUAAUGUGGCUGUAAUACCCUCUACGUUUGUAUGUGGUAAUAUAGCCCUCUUAAACUUUUAACUGGGGGCAGUUUUUUUAUUUUGUGUAUCGCUGUAUUAAAGACUCCAAUUAUGUAAACAUUCAAUUUGUGUUCUUUUGCAAAAAUGCAAUCCAUACCAAUUCAUUGAA